AUGUCGGAUCUACGACAAACUCUGUAUCAUCAUGAGGAAGGCGAAGGGUUACAUGUCGACCCGGAUGCAGCGUCGUUCCACAGAACUGAGACGGAGAGAAGGACAGCCGAAUCCUCAGGCUCGGACAGCGAUAGCACCAAUGACGUUGAGAAUGAGAAAGACGAGGCCCCACCAAUCGAAAGACAAGAGACUACGGUCGAGGAGAUUAGAGGCGGUAUUCCUUACGAACACGACGUGGAAGCAAACAAGCCGACCUUGGAGAAAAAGAAAUCGUCCAGGUCGGUAAAGGACCCGAAUCUGGUAACAUGGGAUGGCCCCGACGACACAGCCAAUCCAAAAAAUUGGUCGAUGCGUAGAAAAUGGGCAGCGACCUUGAUCGUCUCCUGCUUCACGCUCGUAUCUCCCGUCUCUUCAUCCAUGAUUGCCCCGGCUCUUGGCUCGAUCAGCCAAGACUUUCACAUCACCGUCGAAGUGGAGGCUCAGCUUACGCUCUCGAUUUUCGUCCUAGCUUAUGCGAUAGGACCGCUCUUCCUCGGACCAUUAUCAGAGAUCUAUGGGCGCGUUAUCGUACUCCAAUUGGCUAACGCUUUCUACUUCGCCUGGAACCUUGCAUGUGGUUUCGCACAGAACAAGGGUCAGCUCAUGGCGUUUCGAUUCCUCAGUGGCUUGGGUGGUUCGGCUCCUCUAGCGAUCGGUGGUGGUGUCCUCAGCGACACCUUCUUCCCUGAGCAGCGUGGAAAAGCCAUCUCAAUAUACUCGCUUGCCCCUCUGCUUGGACCGGCAAUCGGUCCCAUUGCAGGCGGCUUCAUCGCUCAGAAUACUACAUGGCGCUGGUGUUUCUGGGCGACAUCGAUCUUUACGGCAGUGGUUCAGUGCUUCGGUAUCUUCUUGCUCCAGGAGACGUAUGCUCCUAAACUGCUGGCGUGGAAGCGGGACAAACUGCGCAAAGAGACAGGCAACAUGGAGCUGCACACCGAGUUCGAUGAUCCCAACAAGACGCUUCUGAAUACACUCAAGAUUGCCCUGGCACGACCUUUUCGUCUCUUGGCUACUCAGCCAAUUGUCAUCGUCCUGGCAUGCUACAUGGCAUACCUAUACGGACUCAUGUAUUUGAUGUUAUCGACAUUCCCGGGGCUCUGGAGCAAACAGUAUAACGAGUCGACAAGUAUCGGCUCUCUCAACUUCAUCUCCAUGGGACUGGGCUUCUUUCUCGGUACACAGAUCACCGCGCCAUUGAACGACGCAAUCUAUCGCCGCCUCAAGAAGAAGAACAACGGCGUGGGAAAACCCGAAUUCCGUGUUCCUAUCAUGAUACCUGGUUCGAUUCUCGUUCCUGUCGGUCUUUUCUGGUAUGGCUGGAGCGCCCAAGCGAAGGUGCAUUGGAUCAUGCCAAAUAUUGGCGCAGCCGUGUUCUGCGCAGGAGUAAUCAUCAGUUUCCAGUGCAUUCAGACUUAUCUUGUUGACUCGUACACGCGGUAUGCGGCGAGUGCUAUUGCGGCGGCCACGGUGCUGAGGUCGUUGGCUGGAUUUGGCUUCCCUCUAUUUGCGCCAGCCAUGUACAAUGCGCUGGACUACGGCUGGGGAAACAGUCUGCUGGGCUUCAUUGGGAUUGCCCUUGGUGUCCCAGCCCCGUUCUUGCUGUGGAAAUAUGGUGAGACGCUGCGGUCGAAAAGUCAGUUCGCUGCUGGUAGCUAA